CACAGCAGACACAACUACUCAAGCUGGGAUUAACGGAAAGGCGGUCACAUUUCCAAUGCUCACCUGCAAACGUGAUUAAUGUGGGUGUUUGUAUCAGUGGGUGUGUAUGUCAUGUCUGAUACUCUCGCACCGGUCAGGGAUUUGCUGACUCCACUUUCUUAGAAACUGUGACAAUUGCUCAGUCUUCUACCCUGCACCACCAGUCGCGCUCCACAGUCGUGCUUGUGCAGUUAAGCAGAGCGCAAGAAGGCAUCCAGGUAUCUCUGAGGAGCCAAGCCGCAACUUGCACAGAAGGGCUGACUCUUUACGCACCUGCAUCUAGACCCUGACGCGCACCGAGCGCAUUUUCAUCACUUCUUCCAGUUUCUGCGCUCUAUGGAGCAGCUGUUUUCUGCAAAGCAAUUUUUUGACUUUCUUGUCUGUCUUCAAAAGACUUUUGCUCCUGUGUAGAGGUAUUCCCUGACGUCCGUGAAUUUGCUUUAAAGCCGGCAAUAGCAACAGGAGAGAGAUGGAUAACAGCCCUGGAGGUGGAGGUGGAGUCAUCCUGUAUGCAGGAUCUUCAGGCAGCUCCAGCCCAAGCCCCGGCAGCCCCUCUAGUGGGUACCAAACACAGUCGCCCUCUUCACACUCCCAGCCUUCAUCUCCAGAAGAGGUUACCUUCACAGAGAUCGGGCCGCUCAAACAGGGGAGGGCAACUGGGAGCAACACCCCAACUUCUAAACUGGUGUUCCAAUUCCCAGAGGUCUACAGUGCAUCCUCAGCCACAGCUGCUCAACAGCAUCCCUACGCGCACCCCAUUGCGGGAAAGAGGCCCUGCGGGUUUGCAGGAACUUUCACCAAGGCAGGUGGAAUGGUUCUGCUCUGUAAGGUUUGUGGAGACAUUGCCUCUGGUUUCCACUAUGGAGUGCAUGCAUGUGAGGGCUGCAAGGGUUUUUUUCGCCGCAGCAUCCAGCAGAACAUCAACUACAAGAUGUGUGUGAAGAAUGAGAACUGUCUCAUCAUGCGCAUGAACCGUAACAGAUGCCAGCACUGUCGUUUCAAGAAAUGCCUCUCCGUCGGCAUGUCGAGAGAUGCUGUCCGUUUUGGCCGCAUUCCUAAACGGGAGAAGCAGCGACUUCUUGAUGAGAUGCAGAGCUACAUGAACAGCCUGAAUGAGUCAGCUGCCAUGGACAUGGACUCUUCAGUGAGGAGCAGUACCACCAGCACAGAUGACUGCGACUCAAAAGAGGCCAUCGGGAACAUUUCCAGAGCCUACCGGGACAUCUUCGCAGGCAACAACAACCAUGAGAGAUCAUCCAACAAGGCCAGAAUUUCCACUUCCAGCAGCAGCAACAAUGCAUCUACCUUUUCUCAGGAUGGUAGUUUCCAAACAUCAUCUUAUGCCACGUCCACCCAGGGCUAUCAGUCCUGCCCUGUUUCCCAUGCAGCUAUGUGCCCUGUUGCCUCCACUGACAACCAACCUGUAUUUCACAAAGUGGACAACAAUCAAUUUUCUUAUUUAGUGUCAACAAAUCAGAAUAACAGCCAGUCAAAUGCUGCAAUGGGACAAAGGGUCAGCUCCACCAAUCAUAACAGUUUUCCAACUGGAGAAGUCAGCCAGAACCAGCCUUCCUGUCCGUGGAAAUUAGCACCAGGAGCUAAAGUGCUGGCGUGUCCUCUCAAUGCAUGCCCUGUAUCAGGAGCAGAGCGAUCGAGUCAGGAAAUAUGGGAGUCCUUUUCCCAGUGUUUCACCCCUGCUGUGAAGGAGGUGGUGGAGUUUGCCAAGGGCAUUCCUGGAUUCCAAGAACUAAGCCAACAGGAUCAGGUCAUGCUGUUAAAGUCUGGCACCUUCCAGGUUCUCAUGGUGAGGUUUUGCACGUUGUUCAAUGCUGAGCAACGUACAGUGACCUUCUUCAACGGCCAAACGUACCCCCUGUCCACUUUGCGAGCCUUUGGAAUGGGGUCUCUUCUGGAUGCAAUGUUUGAAUUCAGCGAGAAGCUGGGCUCCCUGAGGCUGGAGCCUGAUGAGAUGGCCCUGUUCAUGGCUGUGGUGCUGGUUUCUGCAGACCGUUGUGGGAUCUCAGACAUGACAGCCGUGGAGCAGCUACAGGAGGGUCUGAUCCGCGCCCUUCGAUCACUGAUCAGUCGCCGACGCCCAGAUGACUCUGCCCUCUUCCCCAAACUCCUGCUGCGCCUGCCGGACCUGCGAACCCUCAAUAACCUGCACUCCGACAAACUGUUGGCCUUUCGCAUUGACCCAUAAGGACGAGAGUUAUUUCAUGCAGAAUUACACAAAAAGAAGCAUACACACAAACUUUAUGGUCCAAAGACAUGACUUCCUUUAACGGCGAGGGACGAGAUGUGGUGCAAUAACAAGAAUGUUUUUGAAAAGGACAAAUGAGGGGAGUGAACCAAUUUCAACUCAUGUUUGACAUAUAUGCAAUGUUUUUUUAAGACAAAAGACAAAAAAAGACAUCCAUACAACUCAUGUACAUAAAUAACUCUCACCACCUCUUGAGAGGCAUUCUUCCAGGAAAAAACUUAAUUAGUGAGUUUACUAUUAGAAUCUUAGACCUAUCAUUUGUUUAUUUGCUCAUUAUAUGAAGUAUAAGAAGUAAUCAAGUCUAGUUCCCUUUGUCCAUUUUACUUCAUAUAGUCUCACCGGGCCAUCACUAAGGAGCAGGUGAAGAAUGAAUAUUGUAGAACACAGUAAAUAAUUAGGGACCACUGGUGAUAAAUGGUCAAGUGUGAGUCGUAUUCCGGAAAAAAGGGAACCUGUAUAUAAAAUAUAGUGAAUCCAGAAGUAUUAAAGUAAGUAUGUUUUUCUGUUCCACAAUCAUCGUCUCCGAAUUAAGGCCACUAUUUUGAUGUGUCAUUUUUGCACAACAGGAUGCAUUCUGUCACAGAGACUGGGUUGAAAUACAUCAGUGGCUUUUUGUUGUAUUUCACAUGAACUGGAUCACUGUAUUUUUAUCACAUAUGGACUGAUUGAGAGACUCCCCGCACAUUGGAACUUUAAAGCUUCUUUAUUUAUUUCUGUCACUUUGUAAAUAUUAUGUUACCCUGUUAUGUAUGUAUAAUUUGCUGCAGAGAUUUAAAGGUUUAAGAUGGUAUAAAGAAGAAUGUAUUCUACCUUCCUGUACUCAGUGAGGGGUAUGGCUAUUCACCAGUGGGGUAAAGCACAGCUGAAUGUGUUAAAGGGGAUUCUCAGAUGUCGUGGGCACACUUUCAUAAAUAAUGUAACCAACCAGCAUAAUCCUUGAUAUCACCAGCACUUAAAGCUCAUGCACCCAUCCUCUGCCCCCAAUGUUUGUCAUACAAACAACAGAGUUAUUUUUUGGCUGGGAGAUCUAAGUUGAUCCUCUCACUGUUUGUUUUAUUAUGGCUAAUGUGCACAUCUUGUACAUUUUGUAAAUUGUUUUCUUUUUUUGUCCUAAAUAGAAGUGAUAAAAUAAUAUAAAGCUGAAAUUGUGCAUUA